UGCGCGAUUCACUUUCGCGGUGUGCUACCUCUGAGUCCUUCCCCGAGUGCACGUGGAGCUUGCCUUGGCUGGAGGCGCCGGGUCUGCCGGAACCAGGUCUAGGCGAGCCGAGCCUUCAGUUAUCAUGGGGCGCAAGUUGGAUCCUACGAAGAAGGAGAAGCGUGGGCCCGGCCGAAAGGCUCGAAAACAGAAGGGUGCGGAGACUGAACUGGUCAGAUUUUUGCCUGCAGCUGGCGAUGAGAGUUCCAAGAGGCUGUCAAGCCGUGCCCGGAAGCGGGCAGCCAAGAGGAGGGCGGGGUCUGUUGACGUCCCUAAGCCAAAUAAGUCUUUUGGGAUCAAGACAUUGCCUGGAGAGUUAUCCAAAGGAGCAGCCCAGGCUCGAGGUAAGAAGCGCCCAGCACCAAUUCAAAACAGUGAUGGUGACGAGGAGGAAGACUCGGGGGAAGAUGAUGUGGUGACCCAGGGGGACCUUUGGGGCUCUGAGGACAGUGGUGAAGAUAUGGUGGAUGACUAUGGAGCCGCCUCUAACUCGGAAGACGAGGAGGAGGAGGAGGAGCUGUUGCCUAUUGAAAGAGCUGCCCUGAAGCAGAAGGCCCAGGACCCCGCAGCAGCUGGGGUCCAGUGGAGUGAAGAGGACACUGAUGAAGAUGAUGAUGGUGUGUCCCCUGAGUCCCACCCCAGAAAGGAUGACAAAACAGAGGGGGAUUUGCAGAUUAAUGUGGAAGAUGAGGAAGCCUUUGUGCUGCCUCCUGCCGGGGAGACGGACCAGGAUGGCCAGGCUCCAGACCUACAGCAAGUUCACAAGCGGAUCCAGGACAUCGUGGGAGUGCUGCGGGAUUUCGGAGCUCAACGAGAAGAAGGUCGGUCUCGAGCUGAGUAUCUGAGUCGGCUUCAGAAGGACCUGGCCACUUACUAUUCUUAUGGAGACUUCCUGUUGAGCAAGCUCAUGGAGCUGUUCCCUCUGUCUGAGUUGAUCGAGUUCUUAGAAGCUAAUGAGGUGCCCCGGCCAAUCACCCUUCGGACUAACACCUUGAAAACCCGUCGCCGAGACCUUGCUCAGGCUCUGAUCAAUCGUGGGGUUAAUCUGGAUCCAUUGGGAAAGUGGUCAAAGUCUGGACUUGUGGUAUAUGAUUCUUCAGUGCCUAUUGGCGCUACUCCCGAGUACCUCGCUGGACACUAUAUGCUGCAGGGAGCUUCCAGUAUGCUACCUGUCAUGGCCCUGGCACCUCAGGAGCAUGAGCGGAUCUUAGACAUGUGCUGUGCUCCUGGGGGGAAGACCAGCUACAUAGCUCAGCUGAUGAAGAACACAGGAGUGAUCCUUGCCAACGAUGCCAAUGCAGAGCGGCUCAAGAGCGUGGUGGGCAACCUGCACCGCUUGGGAGUCACCAACACCAUCAUCAGCCACUAUGAUGGGCGCCAGUUCCCCAAGGUGGUGGGGGGCUUUGAUCGAGUGCUACUGGAUGCUCCUUGUAGCGGCACAGGAGUCAUCUCCAAAGACCCUGCUGUGAAGACGAACAAGGAUGAGAAGGACAUCCAGCGCUGUGCCCACCUUCAGAAGGAGCUGCUGCUCAGUGCUAUCGACUCAGUCAACGCUGCCUCCAAGACCGGAGGCUACCUGGUCUACUGCACCUGUUCCAUUACGGUGGAGGAGAACGAGUGGGUGGUAGACUAUGCCUUGAAGAAGAGGAAUGUGCGGCUGGUGCCCACCGGCCUGGACUUCGGCCAGGAAGGCUUUACCCGCUUCCGAGAGAGGCGCUUUCACCCCACUCUGCGUUCCACCCGACGCUUCUACCCUCAUACUCACAAUAUGGACGGUUUCUUUAUCGCCAAGUUCAAGAAAUUUUCCAAUUCUAUUCCCCAGCCCCAUGCAGGAAACUCGGCAGCAGCUACCCCUGCAGAGCCUGACCUGAAGGAUCAGGUCACCCCAAAGUCUGAGAAGAGCAGUCAGCCCACCAAGAAAGCCCAUGGGGCUGCGAAGGCAAAGCAGCAGUUGCAGAGACAGCAACAUUCCAAGAAACCCUUCCAGAAGGUGAACGGCAUCACCAAAGGGCCAGGCUUGUCCACUGAACCUUCUGUCCCAGAUGCCCAAGUGUCCACCAGGCCCGGGGAAAGCAGUCAAUCUGCUGGGAAAGCCGACGUGAGCAGAAAACGAAAGAGGGUUGAGAAGCUGAAGCAGCGGGGACCUAGGUGGAAGCCCUCCAAGGAGGCUGCUGUCCCAAAGCAGAGCGCCCCUCCCAGGGGCGAGGACUUGGGAACACCUGCUGUGUCGACUCCCUCUGAAAUCCGUGCCUCCCCAAGGUCUAAGGACUGUGCUCUGUCCCUUGGGAAAGCCAAAAAGAAACAGAAAGGAAAGCAGCAGUUACCAGAGCAGCCUACCAAGAGACCUGCUCCCCUGAAGGAAGAUGCCGUCCCCAAGGGACCCUCAGCCCCCUCCUCGUCUCCCCACAGUUCCACCAGGCCCCCACCAGCAAAAAGGAGGAAAUCUGUGACAAAGGGCAGCAGCCAGUCCCUUUUGUCUUAAAUGGACUUGGAAACUUGCUGAUAUUGUCUCUGGGUUGGAACUUGUAGGUCCUGCUACAAGGCUGGCCCUGUGCAUAUAUGAAAUUUAAUAUACACAUUACCACCCCUA